AUGAGUGGUUCUCAAGAUUUCAAGGGCUCUCUAUCUUCUUCGGCCAAGGCCGUGAGGUUUGUUUCGAGCCAAACACCGUUCGAUGGCCCAGUUUCUGCUCUUUUCGACAAUUUUGCACGGUUUGAUGCUACUGCAAACGAUAAGGUCCUGCGCUAUGAGGAUUUCUCCAAGGUUUUGGCUCCUUUAAGUACAAACUUUGGUCCUGUUGACUGUGUUGGCUUGCUGUAUCUGGUUGCAGAUCAGGAUUCGAAGGGUUAUUUGACGCAGAAAGACUGGAUUCGGUUCAAUCGCGAGCUUGUGGAGUCUCAUGCUCUCGAAGGCUCGGAGUUCAGACUUUUAUUCAAGCUUUUCAAGCUCUUCGAGCGUGACCUUGACGCUGGUGACUCAUCUGACACCUUGCACUAUGACAGCUUUGUCUCUGUGCUGGGGAAACUUGGCGGUGACCCUGGAGCGUGGAAAUUCUCCAAGAAGGAGGUUUCUUUUCCUGAGUUUCAGAGCUUUUUGCAAGAACUGCCACGCGCGAAAUUGGAAAAGUCAGCUGAAUUCAAGGAUGGGAAGAUCAAGGUGGAUGCUUUUGUGAAGGACCUUGCUUCUGUCUUUGACAACCGUCUUCCGCAAACUGUCCUUGAUCAAGUUUCAAAAGUGUCAUCGUUGUACUACAAAAACGAUACUUUGACCCAUGAUCAAGCCUUUUCAAUUCUGGACUUGUUGACCAAUCUGCCCAGCUAUAAUUACUCUGUCUACAACCAUCUUCUGGCAGACACGUCGAAGCCCGUGACCCAAGACGAGUUUUUGAAGGCAGCCAAGGCCUCUAAUCCAAAGAUUACUGCUGGUGACGUUUCGCUUUUCUACUUCUGGACUUCUUUUCUUGCCAAUAAGCAGGACCCUACAUCCAUCCGCGCUGACGAUAUGAUAGCUGUUCUUACCGACGACAUGGUUGUACCCAAUCCAUUUUCGUUUUACCCUCUUUUCAACUCGGCAUACUCAUUCUUGCUUGGAUCGCUUGCUGGUGCGUUUGGCGCAACCAUGGUGUAUCCAAUUGAUCUCGUCAAGACUAGAAUGCAAAACCAGGUCAAUUUUUCAAAGUAUUCGUCUUACUGGGACUGUUUUCGCAAAGUAUUCAAGCACGAGGGUGCGCGUGGGUUUUACUCGGGUCUUUUGCCCCAAUUGGUCGGAGUUGCGCCUGAAAAGGCCAUCAAGCUCACUGUGAACGAUCUCGUGAGAUCCAUCGGUGCCAAGAUGUCUCCAGGAGGUGACAUCACCAUGGCAUGGGAGGUUUUGGCAGGUUGCUCAGCUGGUGCUUGUCAAGUUGUCUUCACCAAUCCUCUGGAAAUCACCAAGAUUCGUUUACAAGUCCAAGGAGAGACUCUGAGGCACCAUGCCAUGGACUCUGCCGCUGCCAAAGCCGCUGGGAAGCCGGAAUUGCCUCCUUUGGUCCCCAAGACUGCUUUCAGUAUUGUCAAGGAACUCGGAAUUCGUGGAUUGUACAAGGGAGCUUCUGCAUGUCUGUUGAGAGACGUUCCUUUCUCUGCAAUCUACUUCCCUACAUACGCCAAUAUCAAGAAGCACCUUUUUAAACUGGACCCCAAGGACCCUACAAAGCGUGACCAUCUUGAGUCAUGGCAAUUGCUCAUCAGUGGUGCACUUGCAGGCAUGCCAGCUGCGUAUUUGACCACACCAUGUGAUGUGAUCAAGACAAGACUCCAGGUCGAAACGAGACCCGGCGAGAGGCAGUACAAAGGAAUCAGAGCUUCUGCUGCAAGGAUCGUUCGUGAGGAAGGAUUCCGUGCCUUAUUCAAAGGUGGGCUUGCCAGGAUCUUCCGUUCAUCGCCCCAGUUCGGAUUCACUCUUGCGUCCUACGAACUGCUCCAGACGUGGUUCCCAUUCUCGAAGGUGUACCCGGAUCCAACUGCUCGUCAGUACACAAACCUGACUCCGGUAAAUGAUCGCGAGAAGCUGGUUCAGGGCUCCAUUACAGAGAAUGCCCGGAAGUUUGUGGAUCUUUCCUUGGAUCUGAACCCGGGACUUCGCAACUUUGACUACUACCGAUACCUGGACCUCAAGGAGGGCCGCAAAUGA